AGGAAGCGAAACUGACAGUCGCACCCGUGCGCUGGGAGCUACAAGACGGCAGAGAAACGAGGACAAACGGGCGUUGCGCUUUCUAGUCUCAUACGUAAAGUCGAACCCGCAGGACGAGUAUGCUUGGUUUCCUGUUUAUAUAAAGUUCCGCCUCAGUCGACUUUUAAGGAGCCAGCUCGGACGCGCAGUGACAGUCGACGCAAGCGCAGCCAAGACGCACAGACAUGGAGAACGGGAAGAGCCGUUUGGCGCAGGCGCAGGAGGACGUGGAGGAGGUGAAGGUCAUCAUGUUGGAAACCAUGAACAAAGCUGAUGAGAGGUCCGGCAAACUGGGCGACCUGGAUGAGCGCGCUGAUGAACUACUGCAAAAGAGUAAAGCUUUUGAAAAAACUGCGAACCAGGUGAAGCAAAAGAAAAUGUGGCAGAACAAGAAGUGGAAAAUCGUGUUCAUUGCCAUCGGAGUGGUAGCGGGACUCGUCAUCUUGGGACUAAUAAUCUUUGCCAUUGCCGGAUAACAAAGACAGGAGCUCCGUGAACAAUGAAAGGAGAAGCCGUUGUAUCUAAAGGACAUUAAAUGUAGAAAGAUCAGAAAAAACAGGAGCUGUCACUGUGGGACUCAUUCGAGGGGCUCAGUCUGUGAAAGGGCUGUGUUUGAGGUAUUUAUGGGAGUAUCAUUCCCACUCUUCACUAGUUUUAAGUCUUCAUUUGACAUGGUACCACUGAUUGCCCAGCUGCUUCCUUUCUUUUGGUUUUAUUCUGUUUUUUAAUGGCCUCUUGUGAGCCCACACUGGAAGGACGUAGCAGUUUACAGUCUCAAAAAGUCUUAAAGUGCAUGGAUGUUCACAAAGAAAACCAGCCCUCUUUAUUGAAUCUAUCAUGAAGAUUUGUUCAAAUUCCAACGAAAUAAAAAUAUGCUCUGGUACCACCCACCUCUUAAAAGUUGGACAAUGAAUUUGAAAUACUUGUAAGCAGAUGUCAUCAGACCCCUCCUGUUGAAUUCAUUUCAGCAAUGAUUCAUGGGAUGACAGCAGACAGAACGGACGCCAGUCGCCUGUAAAUAUUUCCCAGCUUCAGAUACAUUUGAAUCAGGAACAAUAAAAGGGGCUUUUCUGACCGGGAGCUCAAGCUGCAAACAUGGCUACAUAUUCAAAUGUGUUUUUAAAGUUUUAUUUUUGAGUGAAUUAUAUUACCUUCAACUGUGGUGAUUUUAUUUUGUUUGUAAAAUCCUAUAUUAAAGACUGUUUUUAAAACGGUUGUUAUAUUUUGAUGUGAACUUUGCAGACAAACAUUUUGACAUUUUAAACUGCCACACUCUUUUACCUUCGUUAAAUCUGUUACAAAGCAACAGCCAAACUAGUACUACAGACAAAACUUAUCCUAACAUCAUAAUUGGCCGUGGACGGGAUUGUAGGACAGAGAUAAUCUAAAUAACGAACUGAAAAGUUCAUCAGGUGAAUUAGUACUUUUUUAAUUUUUUUUUAUUUUGAUUGCAAACAGUUCUACUGCUGUGUGGUGUAAAUGUGGAUGAACAGUGAACCCUUGUGGACAAUCUUGUAUCACUAAAAGGAAAAGCACACUAGAUAACAAAAUGUCUCAUGCUUUUAUUUCUUUCUUCCUGGUUUACGUUCGUAAACAAUAACCACGUGUCAUGCCGUCUAAUGCGAGCACGCCGGUGAUCGUACGGUAUUUUGUGAGAGGUCUCUGUCACAGUUCACAAAUUCCACCCAUAAGUGGAAACGUGCACGGUUAUUAAGAUGGUGACGUCACUGUCACUGGUAAAGAUGUUCUAGGAAUUUAACUUGUACUUUAUUGUUUCUGUUCUGUAAUUAAUUAAUUGAUUUUCAGUUUACAAAAUCCAAUGUGUUUGUAAUAAGUCAAAUAUUUUACUUUUUCAUGUAAAAUAAAAGGAACAGCUCAUCCAUAUGACAAAACAAAUAUAGUAUUAUCUUUCACAUUUGACUUUUCCCUUUUGUUCAAUAAAGCUAUGCUUAUGGCUAAAAUGCU